CCAAACCUCGAUCACGUAGGAUUGCGUAGAGAGGCCAGAUAGGGGAGACGGGAGGAAUGAGAGAGACGUGCAGUGCUCGGAUGGAUGAAGGCACUGAUCUCCCUCCUGCUCCGUGUUCCGUGUGAGUGGACGUGGAGUGUCCCUGCUUCCUCCUCCUCCUCCUCUUCUGUCACCGAGGGGGCCGCCCGCACUUUAAUGUCAUGCUGAGAUCCCAGGACAUCACAGGAAGGCUGUGCAGUGUGCAUGGUGGAUGAUCCUUACUGCUCCCUACCUGGGACCCCCUCCCCCUUCUUCUUCUGACAUUCCAAGCGCUGACAUGGAUGUGGGGGGGUGUGAUGUGGGUGACCCGGGAUGUGUCCCCCCCACAUACACAGGGAUGUAGGAUGUCUGCCAUACUAUACAUAGGAAUACACUGUGACCUCUCUCCGGGAUCUUCCAGGAUGACUUCCAGUCUGUACUGACCUGUUGGGAUCUUCCAGGAGUGAUGGGGAAGUCCUGAUCCCCCCCCCCUCCCCUCCAUCAUCCUGGAGAAGAGUAUGGAGAGGAUUCCGCACACCUACAAGCCAGCUCUCCUCUAAACUACUCCUCUCCAUAGACACACAGCUCUUCUUCUAGGGGGGCCCCCCACCCCCUGCACCCACCAUGGCUGCGGCUAUAGCCAGCUCUCUUAUCCGACAGAAGAGGCAGGCCAGGGAGUCCAACAGUGACCGGGUGUGUACCUCCAAGAGACGGACCAGUCCCAGCAAGGACGGGCGCUCCCUGUGUGAGAGGCAUGUCCUGGGGGUCUUCAGUAAAGUCCGCUUCUGCAGUGGGAGGAAGAGGCCGGUCCGGAGAAAACAAGAACCCCAGCUGAAAGGAAUUGUGACAAGGUUAUUCAGCCAGCAGGGAUACUUCCUGCAGAUGCACCCAGAUGGCACCAUUGAUGGGACCAAGGACGAAAACAGCGACUACACCCUUUUCAAUCUAAUCCCUGUGGGUCUACGGGUGGUUGCAAUACAAGGCGUAAAGGCGGGACUCUACGCGGCCAUGAAUGGUGAAGGUUUUCUCUUCAGCUCAGAUAUUUUUACACCAGAAUGCAAAUUUAAGGAGUCUGUGUUUGAAAACUACUAUGUCAUCUAUUCCUCGACAAUCUAUCGACAACAGGAAUCUGGCCGUCAGUGGUUCUUGGGACUUAGUAAAGAGGGUCAGAUCAUGAAAGGCAACCGAGUGAAAAAGACCAAACCAUCAUCACAUUUUGUACCAAAACCUAUAGAAGUGUGCAUGUACAGAGAGCCAUCACUGCAUGAAAUUGGAGAGAAGCAAGGACGUUCAAGAAAAAGUUCAGGGACACCAACCAUGAAUGGUGGAAAAGUUGUUAAUCAAGAGUCAACAUAGCCAAGAUCCUGCCCUGUCCUGACAGUGAACCCGUUGGAAAGUCAGAAAUGAUACAUAUAAACUGACAUGACAGGUUCCGCUGACUACGUUUUUGAACUCAAAUUUUCUUCUUUGGAUAGAACAAAGAAAUGGAAAUUAAAUUGCCUGUGCAAUGUUUUAAACCAACCAGAAAAAUAUGAAGAUAAUACUUUGAAUCUGGACUCCAUUCAUAUUUUAUGCAAAGUUUGCUGUGUGAUCAAAUUAGUUCCCAUCUCUGCAUAAAAAAUAUACAAUAAAGAUAUUACCUUUAAAAUUA